AUGCAACGUUUCCGGCUACUACACGAGAAAAGCAGAACCUCGGACGAAGACCCCGAGAUGUGCGUUUGCGUCCGCCAGCGCAAACCUCAUGUUCCGUCCUUCGUAUCUCUUCUCCCUUCCAAGGUCUCGGGUCUACUGCGUCGGUACGAACAACGGACUGGAUCGCGGACAAUUCAGCGGUCGAUCGUGUGCGGGGUGGUCUUGAACCGAUAUGGUGAUGCUAGAGAACCGCCGACCCAGGUCCAGGGCACUCCCGCCAGCAAGCAGGGGUCAGCUGCCUCCUCUACCUUACUCGACUUGCCCACCGCUAGCAAGGAUGUCAGGCCUGUCAACCUAAUCCGCGCGAUAAACAAGACACAGACCUCUCAACUGCAGUGGGAGGGUAGAGCUGCGCCCCAUUCUCCCGUCGACGGCGCCGGCCCAAAUGCCAAUGCGACUGGACCAUGCACACCUGAGAACAUGGGCUGA